UGCAUGAGCGAUGCGGCGACGGAACGUUUGCGGGAAGCAGGGUGAACAGACCUGAAGUUCAAGUCAGCACUUUUUCGAUUAAUUCACCCGACUCACGCACAUGUGUUCGGCCGCAGGCCACAAGUGAUGAUAGAGCAUAGCGCAAGAAGCAGAGACCGUCUGUAAUCCACGAUUCGCCGCACUGGUACAGCUGGCUUGUGUAUUUUCGGUAGCCUAUAGAUGGCAGGAUAAGAGCCAUUUUGUUAAAGGAGUCCGUAGUACAGGUGCUUGUGCCUCGGAGGGACAGAAUAAAACACAUCCAACCACUGCAGUCGCCAGCUGCUUUCGUCGCCGAGACAUGCCUGAUUUUUGAGAACCAGCUCGUGAAGCGUCUGUUGAGCGAAGGCCAAAAUAUACAAGACUAUGCAACAUCAUUUGUGGCAUCGGUCAGCUCGAUCCUGCAAAAGCUUCAGCCUCCGGGCAUGAUUAAUUUGACGUCUAUUCUAAUAAACUAUGCGGGGCCUGAUGACUAUUUGAAGUAUACGAAGAACAAUCGUGUCGACGGUAUCACCAGCUUUUCGAGGUUGGGGGCCUUUGGCUGGUCAAGCCAAGAAAUCCCGCUCGCGGACAUGACCAUUGCUUUGAUAGGCCAAGACAUGGAAAUAAUGAAAUCCGAUGGCACGUCGGUUCCGUUGUAUGGAAUUACGAAAACAAAAGGAGCUUGCAGUUCAAUCAAUAUCAUCCUUGCUAUGGACACCGGUAAAGAGUAUACAGGCGUGACUAGCGUUGCUCACGAAAUCGGACACUUGUUAGGUUCUCCUCAUGAUGGUGAGGGAACUUCAGUAGGUUGCCAACCUGGUGCGGGAUACCUAAUGAGCGGAGGAGCCGUGGGCGACAUCCGCCCUCAAUAUUCACGGUGUAGCAUCGAAGCCAUCUCAGUCUUUGUGACGAAUCAUGCUAAAUGCUUGUUUGAAACAAAUGACCCCAUGCCAACAACUGAAGGAGAGGUUGUCAUUAGUAGGCCAGUUGCUGCCACUGCUGAUGACGCAACACACGAAAGGAAAAGAUGGAGGAAGUGUAAAACAUUCCUGCCGAAGGACCAAUAUAUCUUGCAGACUGAGCAAAUGUAUGCGUACCCCUUCACAUGUACAGUUCUCUGCACUGCUCGUUCAAAAUCGUCAACUCUGCUGAUCCUUUAUUCAGUGGUUGCACCUAAUGAUACACCAUGCGACAAGUGGGAUGCAUCCAAGGUCUGCAGGAGAGGGCGAUGCAAAUAGAACGGAAAUAAAAUUGUAUUCAACGUAGAUUCUCUGUAAGACAGAUGGCAAUCUUUAUUCUUUGUAGAGAGUGC